GGUGAGUGGUGACACAAUAAAAUAAUUGUCUCAUUCUUAAUUCUCAUAGAGUAUAGUCGUAUAGACCAUUAGUGAUUAGUCACAUGAAGGACAUGAACUAUGAAGUCGAAACCGUUGAAUAAUGAACAUUAGAAGUCUUUAGUAUCGUAACUCAUAACUUAUAACUCAUUAGUCGUUUUAUUCUUUAAACUGAUUUGAACCGAAAUCUGAAAUAGGUAUUGAACUCUCGAGUCAAUAGUAUUCAGUCGAUGGUAGAUCACCUAUUCACACGAUCUAUUUUCUAUGCGAUCACUGAACCUUCCUCCCCCAAACAUUACGUAUCAUGUCUACAAUAUUCGCACAAAGAUAUUUUUUUUUACCCAACACUCGUAUUAUGUUUACAUUAAUCGUCGAAUCCGGUUACCAGACGCGAUGUCUAUAACGCGCGAUAGUAAUAAUAAUAAUUAUUUCUUGUAGUUUACACUUAGUACCAUUCCUGACGUGAUGACUAAAACAGUGGAAUCGUUCGACGGUUGCUAGAAUGGUUCAUUAUAUAUUAUUUGUUUCGUUUGAUAUUAAUAAUACUCGUUGUUAUUGUUAAAAUGUUCGAGUUACUGUUAUAGCUGUCGUACACAAGUUUGAAAUGGCGUCAGACGAUUGUAAGAAUCUCUUGUAUGACCAAGCAUGCUUACAAGUGUGGGCAGACAAUGCACCGAACAUUUCGUUGUGGAUGCAAACAAAAGAAUGUUACAAAUGUGAUUUAUUGAAAAAAGAAAACAUAUCCAACAACGGAAUUACUAAUAUCAAAUUAAAUACAAUUUAUAGUGUCUGGUUAGAUUUAACCAAUGACAGCAGCCAUAAUAAUUGCAGAACACUUCAUACUUUUGAAGAACAUGGAGUUUAUCAAUGGAAUAUUUCAAACAAUUUUGUUUGUUCCGAAAUCAAACAAAUAUCAACUUCUCAAGAUCUGUUCAUGCCAUUUGUAUAUGCAUUAUUGCUCAUAAUACCGUCCUUUGCUGUUUGGUUUUUCAUCAAUUAUCUGCAAAGGACUUACGUAGUGCCAUCCGUGUUCCGAUUUGCAUCAAAAACAGAUUUGGAUAUUGAAAAUGAUUUUGGAACUGGUUCUAAUGAACCGGUUAUUAUUCAUCCUCAAAUUCCGACACCAGUCAAAAAUAAUAGUUAUCGUAUCACAUCAUUAGACACAUUUAGAGGGAUAUCUAUCAUAUUAAUGGUAUUUGUCAAUCUAGGAGGUGGACAUUAUUGGUUCUUUGAACAUGCUCCAUGGAAUGGCAUCACAUUAGCAGACUUCAUAUUGCCUUGGUUUUGUUGGGUCAUGGGAGUAAGCAUAGCCAUAUCAUUGCGAUCUCAACUUCGUUCAAGCACCAAAAGAAAAUAUGUCUUUGGUCGGGUUGUUCGAAGAUCAAUUGCCCUAUUGAUCAUGGGCUUAGUGCUAAAUUCUGUAAACAACAAUAAUUUAAGCACUUUUAGACCAUUGGGUGUAUUACAGAGAUUAGCAUUUAUAUAUUUCAUAGCUGCUACAUUGGAAACAAUUUUUAUGAAACCUCAACCCUAUUUUACGAAUACUAAAUUGGACGUAAUCCGAGAUAUUAUUGAAAGUGCCCGGCAAUGGAUUAUAGUUAUUAUAUUAGUAGCUAUUCACACAAUCAUUACUUUCUUUUUACCCGUACCUGGUUGCCCUAAAGGAUACUUGGGACCAGGGGGCCUCUACAAUAGUUCAUCAAACACUAAUUGUACUGGCGGUGCUGCUGGAUAUAUUGAUAGGCUAGUAUUUGGCGAAAAUCACAUGUACUCUGGUACAGCUAAACCAGUUUAUCAGUCAUUGCCAUUUGACCCUGAAGGUAUUUUAAGUACUCUGACAAAUACCUUACUUGUAUAUAUGGGUGUACAUGCUGGUCGCAUUAUCUUAUGUUAUCAGUAUACAAACGAACGGAUUAAACGUUGGAUUGCUUGGACUAUAGUACUAGGUCUAAUUGGAGGUUUUUUGUGUAACUUUUCCAAAGAAGAAGGCUUAAUACCAAUUAAUAAAAAUUUGUUCUCUUUGUCUUAUGCAUUUAUUACUGGAAGUUCUGCAUUCUUAGUAUUCAUUAUACUGUUCUUAAUUAUUGAACAUUGGAGACUUUGGGGUGGAUCACCAUUUAACGAGAUUGGUCAAAAUUCAAUUAUGCUAUACCUUGGACACAAUAUAUUUUAUAACACACUUCCGUGGAGGUGGCAACCGGUGAAUGAGACUUCUCACACGGAAUAUUUAGUUAUGGAUUGUUGGGCAACAAUAUUUUGGUGUGCAAUAGCAUUAGUGAUGCACAAGAAAAAUAUAUUUAUUGUAGUGUAAUUAAUUAUUGAUAAUUAAGUUUUAGAUUUAUAUCAAUAGCUUAAUUAUUACUCAUAAUGACUUAAGAAUGUAGCAUUUUUGUUAUUCUAAAACCAAUA